AUGUUUUUCGUGAUCCUCUUUUUCAUCCUCGCCGACAAUUGUAGUCGUGAUGAUGAUUGUAGGAAUAAUAUUUGUCGUCUUGUAGAUACCGAUAAACGAAACACAUGUCAAAAUUCCGACAAAAGACCAUCUGAUGCUGAUUGUCUAGAAAACGCUGCAUGCAAAUCUGGCCAUUGUAUCGGUGCUUUUAUUGGUGAAGAUGGGGAG